AUGGCCCUUAAAAGUGUAUCAAGUAUUGUAAAGUUUUUAAAAGAAUACCGUCAAAAUGGGAUUCCCAAAGUUAUAAUAGCUGCAAAAGACAUUGCUCUAUUAAUAGAAAUACCAGGAAAAUUUCCCGAAGAAUAUCAAUUCUCCCAACAAAAUCUUGAGCUUAUUUAUAAUAAAAAAUUACAAGAGAUUUACCCUAAUAUUACAACUAGUUUGAGAAUUGUUCUAACGAUUCCGGUCACUGUGGCGUCAGCUGAGAGGAGUUUUUCUAAGUUGAAACUUAUUAAAAACCACCUCAGAUCAACCAUGAGCAAUGAAAGAUUAACCGGGUUAGCAUUGUUAUCCAUUGAGUCCCAUUUGGCGCAAGAAUUGGAUUUAGAAGACAUCGUUCAAGACUUUGCUUCAAAAAAAGCAAGGAAAGUUAAUUUUUAGUUUAGUACACUUCUGUGGACUGCGAAUUGUAAACAUUAUAACUCAAGUUGAA